UUCUGCUCUCUGGUAAACGAGAGAGCACUGUGGAAUCCGAGUAGAUAGCACAGAGAGUGAAAACAUUUUUUGUUUGUUUUCAACCUUAAUAAACUUUUAGGUUAUGAAUUUCUCCCUGACCAAGAUGGCUACCAUUUUCAACCUAUAAACAGAACUUUGAAUAGUUUAUGACAUAGCCGACCCGUAUGGUGAAAGUCUUUAGCAGGAUAGGCUUCAUUUCCAAUAAACACUUCACCUGGAAUUUACAUUUAUAUCGACCAGCUGAGAGAAAUAAAGAUAAAAAGGUGAUCAAAUUUGACUGACUUCUGGAUCGGGUCGCUGGUCACAGGAGGUCCAGGAUGAAUAAGCUACGGCAGAGUUUCAGACGGAAGAAAGACGUGUACGUUCCUGAGUCCAGCCGACCGCACCAGUGGCAGACGGACGAGGAGUCGGUCCGCAGUGGAAAGUGUAGCUUUGCAGUCAAGUACCUGGGCCAUGUAGAGGUGGAGGAGUCCAGAGGAAUGCAUAUCUGUGAGGGGGCUGUGAAGCGUCUCAAGACGGACAGGACAUUCUUCAAGGGCUUCUUUACAAAAGCAGGGAAGAAGGCAGUGAAAGCAGUGUUGUGGGUCUCAGCAGACGGUCUCCGUGUGGUAGAUGACAAAACUAAGGACCUGAUCCUAGACCAGACAAUAGAGAAAGUAUCGUUCUGCGCUCCGGACAGGAACUUUGAGAGAGCGUUCUCCUACAUCUGUAGAGAUGGAACGACUAGACGCUGGAUCUGCCACUGCUUCAUGGCUAUCAAGGACUCGGGAGAGCGUCUGAGCCACUCGGUGGGCUGUGCCUUCGCUGCCUGUCUGGAGAGGAAACAGAAGAGAGAGAAGGAGUGUGGUGUCACGGCAACCUUCGACUCCAACAGAACCACCUUCACCAGGGAGGGCUCGUUCCGAGUUACCACGGCGACGGAAGCCGCGGAGCGAGAGGAGGUCAUGAGGCAGUUACAGGACAAGAAAGCGGAGGGCGAUAUCAGGCCCCCCAUCCCUCUCUCCUCAGGCCCCAGUGAGGGUGUGGUGAACCAGGCUGUGGCCCCUCUACCAGGGCCACCGUCCCCCUCCUCCUCCCCUCCCCUGGGCCCCCAGGUUAUCCCCCGCAGACACGCCCCGGUGGAGGUCCUGGCCAGACAGGGUUCCUUCAGAGGGUUCCCUGCCCUCAACAACAACUCCUCUCCCUUCAAACGGCAGCUGUCUCUCAGGAUGAACGAUCUGCCCCCUACCAUGCAGUCUGACCUCACCAUGAACCACACAGUCCCAGAGGUGGAGGGAGGGGACAGCAUCAGUUCGUUGUGUACCCAGAUCGCCUCAGCCUUCAGUGGGCCUCCUGAAGACCCCUUCUCCCAGGCCCCCAUGCCCCGACCAACCUCCACCCCACAGUCACCUGUAGCGCCCCCGGGGGCUCAGCCAGCACUGCCUCCUCCACUUCCUGCCCGAGACACUAACCCCUGGGCCAAGACUCCUGGCCACGCAGGGCACCAUACCCCCCCGACCUCCACCUCAGCACACCCAGGAGGUGAUUGGACGACACCAGUGAUUGUAGCUCCUCCCUCCGCCACAUCGUCUCCGUCUCACCACUCCCACCGCCGCACGCCGUCGGAGGCUGACCGUUGGCUCGAGGAGGUCACCAAGUCUGUCCGCGCUCCGCAACUCGGGUCCACACCCCCCUCCCAACCGUUCCUCACCCCCAACCCACCAGCCUUCUCCAUCCCCCCAACCCAGGCUUUCAUUGUCCCCAUGCCUUCCACCCAGGCAGUUGCCCCUGUGGCCUUCAUGUCCUCCCUGCCCCCUGCGAUUCCCAUGCUGGCCCCUCGCCAACCUGCCUACCACACCCAGGCCCCAGCCUCCUACCCCAUGUCCAACGGGCUGCCCUAUGCCCAUCCCAGUGUGCCUGUGAUGGGCAUCACACCCUCUCAGAUGGUGGCCAAUGUGUUCGGUUCAGCCACUCAGCCCCAGGCGUACCCCACCCCCAGCCCCAGGCGUACCCCACCCCCCAGCCCCAGGCGUACCCCACCCCAGUAUGACCCUGAUCAGCACACUGUGUGUAUCCCCUUCAGCAACCCCCACCAGCAGCCCCUUCCCUUCCAGGCACCCAACGGGAGUGUAGCCUUCAACGGGGGUGGGGCCGACAGCUGGGCCCCUCCCUCCCUGCCCCCUCCGUCCUCCCAGGCCCCUCCCCUUCCCCCGCAACCCCUGGCAACGGCCGAUCCUUUCGAGGCCAAGUGGGCCGCCCUGGAGACCCGCCAGCGCACCACGCCAUCGCCCACUAACCCCUUCUCCUCCGAGCUGCACAAGACCUUUGAGAUCCAACUCUAGAGACUGAGAAGCUGGGAGGAGGUGGACUGGGACUGAGGAGGAGGAGGUGGACUGGGACUGAGGAGGAGGUGGACUGGGACUGAGGAGGAGGAGGUGGGCUGGGACUGAGGAGGAGGAGGUGGACUGGGACUGAGGAGGAGGUGGUGAUGAUGGGGGAGAGGAUACUUUUUUAAUGAAUUUGCAGGUUGGUGAGAGAUGGGAGAGGAGCAGACUAGCCUUUCUCUCAGUCUCUACAUCCGCCUGGAUUGGCUUAGUAGAGGACCUGAGUGGAGGAGAUGGAUGGGUGGGUGGAGGACCUGAGUGGAGGAGAUGGAUGGGUGGGUGGA